GUUUUCCAGUCUUCCACAAAAAAAGAACGUGAUUUUUAUAAUUCACAAAAAGAAAUAAUUUAUAAAUAAAAAAAUUAUAUUCAACAAAGUAAAAUCAAUUCUAUAAAGUUGAAAAAAGUAACAACAUCAAAUUUUCUUUGCUAAAAGCAAAACUCGGGAGAACCACACAAAUUUCAUUAAACCAUCUGCAUUAAUCAUGGCUAAAUGGGGAGAAGGUGACCCACGUUGGAUUGUCGAAGAGCGUCCUGAUGCCACCAACGUGAACAAUUGGCAUUGGACUGAGAAAAAUGCCACAUUAUGGUCAAAAGAACGACUCAAGUCGCUAUUUAGUGAUUUGAAAAUAGAUCAAGGUGGUACCCAAGUUAUAAUUGACAAAAUAGAAGAUUGUACUGGCGAAGCUACGGCAAACAAUCGAAAAGGCAAAUUAAUCUUUUUCUACGAAUGGAACAUCGUUUUAAAAUGGUCCGGCCGAUUGCCAGGAGCCAAAGAAAAGUACUCUGGCAAGGCAAAUAUUCCAAAUCUCUCGGAAGAGUAUAAUAUCAAUGAAAUUGAAAUCACUAUCACGAUAGACGAAUCGAACAACGAGGAUGCCGAUCGAUUGAAACAAUACAUGUACAAUGUGGGUAGAGAGGUUAUUAGGAAGCAAUUGGGCACAUAUAUCAAAGAGUUGAAAGAAGAAUAUUCGAAAGGUUUGAUAUUGCCAAGGAAAGGUUGUGAAGAUGUAACCUCACCAAAUAGUGGAGGCCAGCCCAAGAAAAGUGCCUUCAAUAAUUCAAAUUCGUCAGCUCAAAAAACUAUUUCGCCAACAUCUAAUAAAAAUGAAGAGUCAAAUUCUUCAGUUGGUUACAAGUUGGAUGUGAAAACAUUGACUAUGAGUGAAGACUUUCAAUGCAGUGCAUUUGAUUUGUAUAAUGCACUAACUAAACCAGAAAUGGUCACUGCCUUUACACGGGGACAAGUGAAAAUUGAACCAGUACGCGGAGGAGAAUUUGCCCUCUUCGGUGGAAACAUUCAAGGAAAGUUCGAAGAGUUGGUUCCUGAAAAGAAGAUAAGUCAAUCUUGGAGGCUAAAAUCAUGGCCUUCUGGCCAUUACUCGAAUGUUACAAUAGACCUUGAACAAAUGCGUGAUCAUACUCAAUUGACACUAAAACAAUCUGGUAUCCCAUCUGCCGAAUAUGAAACUACUGAAACAAACUGGAGACGAUAUUAUUGGCACAGUAUCAGACAAACCUUUGGAUUCGGACCAAUGCUACGGAAUGGAUUAUAAAUUAAAAUUAAAUAAAUAAUAAAACAAAACAUAUAAAAAAAAGAAACAAAACUGACAUCCAAAGUUCAGAUUCACAAUAAAUAAAACUGUAGCAGAAUCUUAAGUUAGUUCUUUAAUAAAUAUAAAGCAUCAACCUUUUA